AUGAGGGGGAUCAUACUAGCACUAGUGCUCACCCUUGUGGGCAGCCAGAAGUUUGACAUUGAUCCAGGAUUCAGAAGCAGAAAUAGUUACCUGUACAACUAUGAAGGUUUUAUGUUGAAUGGGCUUCAAGAAAGAAGUUUGGGCAAAGCUGGUGUGCGCUUGAGCAGCAAACUGGAGAUCAGUGGGCUGUCAGAGAAUGCUUACUUCCUUAAGAUCCGUUCUUCACAAGUGGAGGAAUACAAUGGGGUCUGGCCCAGGGAUUCAUUCACUCGAUCUUCCAAAAUCACCCAAGCGAUCUCAUCGUGUUUCACCCGGCCCUUCAAAUUUGAAUACAGCAGUGGACGGAUUGGAAACAUUUAUGCCCCAGAAGACUGCCCAGAUCUGUGCGUUAACAUAGUGAGAGGAAUAUUGAACAUGUUGCAGAUAACCAUUAAAAAAUCACAGAACGUCUAUGAAUUACAAGAGUCCUUUCAGGCUGGAAUUGGAGGUGUUUGCCACACAAGGUAUGUCAUCCAGGAAGACAGAAAGAAUAGCCGAGUAUCUGUUACCAAAACCGUGGACGCGAAUAAUUGCCAGGAAAAGGUGCAAAAAAGCAUUGGGAUGGCUUACAUCUAUCCCUGCCCCGUGGACAUGAUGAAAGAAAGGCUCACCAAAGGGACUGCUGCUUUCUCCUACAAGCUGAAGCAGUCAGACAGCAGCACACUGAUCACAGAGGUUGUGUCGCAGCAGGUGUAUCAGAUCUCCCCAUUCAGUGAGCCUACUGGGGUGGCUGUCAUGGAAGCAAGACAGCAGCUCACCUUGCUGGAGGUGAGAAGUGAGCGGGGCAAUGCCCCAGACAUCCCCAUGCAGAGCUAUGGCAGCCUUCGCUACCACUUCCCAGCUGUACUACCACAGAUGCCACUUCAGCUGAUCAAGACAAAAAACCCUGAGCAACGGAUAGUAGAAACACUGCAGCACAUAAUCCUGAAUAACCAACAAGAUUUCCAUGACGAUGUUGCAUACAGAUUCUUAGAGCUGGUCCAGCUUUGCCGGAUAGCAAGUGUUGACACUCUUGAGUCUGUCUGGAGACAAGUUUCAGAUAAACCUCGUUACAGGCGAUGGCUCCUGAGUGCAGUUUCUGUGAGUGGCACCACAGAAGCACUAAAAUUCCUCAAGACCAGAAUUCGCAGUGAUGACCUCAACUAUAUUCAGACCCUUCUAACUGUAUCUUUGACUCUCCAUUUGAUGAAAGCUGAUGAACACACACUUCCAAUAGCAGCAGAUUUAAUGACCAGCUCUCGAAUUCAGAAAAAUCCUAUGCUUCAGCAAGUGGCCUGCUUGGGAUAUAGUUCUGUAGUCAACAGAUACUGUUCUCAGACCUCAGCAUGUCCUAAAGAAGCUCUUCAGCCCAUCCAUGACCUGGCAGAUGAAGCAAUCAGCAGGGGCCGUGAAGACAAAAUGAAAUUAGCUCUGAAGUGCAUUGGCAACAUGGGAGAACCAGCCAGCUUAAAGCGUAUCCUGAAGUUCCUUCCAACGUCUUCAUCCAGUGCUUCUGAUAUCCCAAUCCACAUUCAGAUAGAUGCCAUCAUGGCCUUGAGAAAGAUAGCUUGGAAGGAUCCCAAAACAGUGCAGGGCUAUCUCAUCCAGAUCCUUGCAGACCAAUCGCUUCCCCCUGAGGUACGAAUGAUGGCUUGUGCUGUUAUCUUUGAGACAAGGCCUGCCCUUGCUUUGAUCACGACGAUAGCUAACGUGGCAAUGAAGGAAAGCAAUUUGCAAGUGGCUAGUUUUGUAUAUUCCCACAUGAAGUCUUUGUCAGAGAGCAGAUUGCCAUUUAUGUACAACAUAUCUUCAGCUUGCAACAUUGCCCUUAAGCUGCUAGCCCCCAAACUGGACAGGCUGAGCUAUUGGCGCAGCAAGGUCAUUCGAGCAGGCAGUUACUUUGAUAACUAUAGAGUUGGUGCUGCUGGAGAAAUUUUUGUUAUGAACAGCCCAGGAACUAUGUUCCCAUCAGCAAUAAUUUCCAAAUUGAUGGCAAAUUCUGCAGGUUCAGUGGCUGAUCUGAUAGAGGUUGGCAUCCGAGCAGAAGGCCUCACAGAUGUCAUAAUGAAAAGAAACAUCCCGUUUGCUGAAUAUCCCACAUACAAGAAGAUAAAGGAGCUUGGAAAAGCUCUGCUGGGAUGGAAAGAGCUGCCAACAGAAACCCCCUUGAUAUCAGCCUACUUGAAAAUACUUGGCCAAGAAGUGGCCUUCGUCAACAUCAACAAGGAAGUCCUGCAACAGGCCAUGAAGACUGUAGUGGAACCUGCUGAUCGAAACACGGCAAUGAAGAGAAUCAUCAGCCAGAUCCGCAAUGGCAUCGCAGGGCAGUGGACGCAGCCAGUGUGGAUGGGAGAGCUGCGAUACAUGGUUCCCAGCUGCCUCGGCCUGCCGCUGGAGUAUGGGUCCUACACCACUGCCCUGGCACGAGCUGCAGUCAGCGUUGAUGGAAAGAUGACUCCACCUUUAACUGGAGAUUUUAGACUUUCUCAGUUGCUCGAAUCCACAAUGCAGAUUCGGUCUGACUUAAACCCCAGUUUAUACGUGCAUACAGUCGCAACGAUGGGCAUCAACACAGAAUACUUUCAACACGUUGUUGAAAUUCAAGGCGAGGUCCAGACAAGAAUGCCGAUGAAGUUUGAUGCCAAGAUAGAUAUGAAAUUGAAAAAUAUUAAGAUUGAAACAAACCCAUGCCGUGAGGAAACUGAGAUAGUGGUUGGAAGACAUAAGGCUUUUGCUGUAUCAAGGAACAUAGGAGAACUAGGUGCUGAAAAGAGGACCUCAAUUCUGCCGGGAGAUGCUCCAUUGAAAAUUAUGGAAGAACCUUUCCAAACAUCAGAGAGGGCUUCCAGGGAACAUUUCACAAUGCAAGAGCCUGACAGCAUGCCAAGGAAACAGUCCCAUGAUUCUCAAGAAGAUCUUCGCCAUAGCACAGGAAAAAGAACACAUAAACGAGAUAUUUGCCUCAAAAUGCAUCGUCUUGGCUGCCAGCUCUGCUUUUCCAGAAGGUCAAGAGAUGCCAGUUUCAUAAAGAACACAUAUUUGCACAGAUUAAUUGGAGAACAUGAAGCUAAAAUAGUUUUGAUGCCAGUUCCAACAGAUGCUGAUAUUGACAAAAUUCAGCUGGAGAUUCAGGCAGGAUCUAGAGCAGCUUCCAAAAUAAUUAAUGAGGUAAACUCAGAGUCUGAGGAAGAGGAUGAAUCUUCUCCGUAUGAGGACAUUCAAGCUAAACUGAAGAGGAUUCUAGGCAUUGAAAAUGUGUUCAAGGUUGCAAACAAAACACAGCACCCAAAAAAUCGACCAUCUAAGAAAGGAAAUGCUAUGCUAGCAGAGCUUGGGACAGAGCCCAAUGCAAAAACUUCCUCCAGCUCAUCUUCUGUCUCCUCAACUGCCACCUCUUCUUCCUCAUCUUCUGCCUCCUCUCCUAAUCGUAAAAAGCCUAUGGAUGAAGAGGAAAAUGAUCAAGUAAAGCAAGUUAGAAACAAAGACUCAAGCAGCAGCAGCAGUAGUAGCAGCAGCAGUAGUAGCAGCAGCAGUAGUAGCAGCAGCAGUAGUAGCAGCAAGAGCAGCAGUAGCAGCAGCAGAGGCAGCAGCAGCAGCACAAGUAGCAGCAGUAGCAGCAGCAAGAGCAGCAGCAGCAGCAAAGAUAGCAGUAGUAGGAGCAGUAGCAGCAGCAGCAAGACAAGAAGUCGCCAUAGCCAUCAGUCACGGCGUCUAAAUGGCAGCAGCAGCAGCAGCAGGUCAGUGAGUCACCACAGCCAUGAGCAUCACUCAGGACAUCUGGAAGAUGACAGCAGUAGCAGCAGCAGCAGCAGCAGCAUGCAUUCCAAAAUAUGGGGGCAUCAUGAGAUUUAUCAGUAUCGCUUUAGAUCAGCACACAGACAAGAGUUCCCCAAAAGAAAACUCCCUGUUGACAGAGGUACCAGCAGAUACUCCUCUACCAGAUCCAGCCGUGACACAUCCCGAGCUGCUUCCUGGCCUAAGUUUCUGGGUGACAUCAAAACCCCAGUGUUAGCUGCUUUUCUCCAUGGCGUUAGUAACAAUAAGAAGACAGGAGGCCUCCAGCUUGUUGUAUACACUGAUACUGACUCCGUGAGGCCGCGGAUGCAGGUAUUUGUGACAAACCUCACAGAUUCAAGCAAGUGGAAGCUCUGUGCAGAUGCUUCGGUCCUCAAUGCACACAAGGCAGUGGCUUACCUGAAAUGGGGCCGGAAUUGCCGGGACUACAGGGUUUCUACUGAGCUGGUGACUGGACGGUUUGCUGGGCACCCUGCUGCACAAGUGAAGCUGGAGUGGCCCAAGGUUCCUUCGAAUGUCAGAUCAAUGGUUGAAUGGUUUUACAAGUUUGUCCCCGGGGCUGCAUUUAUGCUGGGUUUCUCUGAGAGAAUGGGCAAGAAUCCUUCUCGACAAGCCAGGAUGGUCGUGGCUCUGACUUCUCCGAGGACAUGUGAUAUUGUUGUCAAGCUGCCUGAUAUGACCCUCUAUCAAGAAGCCAUGAGGCUUCCUCUAUCACUCCCUGUGGGUCCGAGGAUCCCAGCUUCAGAGCUGCAGCCUCCAAUCUGGAAUGUCUUUGCUGAAGCCCCCUCUGCAGUGCUCGAGAAUUUGAAAGCUCGCUGCUCCGUUUCACACAACAAGAUCACAACCUUUAAUGAAGUCAAAUUCAACUACUCGAUGCCAGCAAACUGCUAUCACGUCUUGGCUCAGGAUUGCAGCUCUGAUCUUAAGUUCCUGGUGAUGAUGAAAAGUGCUGAAGAAGCUGCAAACCUUAAAGCCAUCAACAUCAAGAUUGGCAGUCAUGAAAUUGACAUGCAUCCUGUGAAUGGACAGGUGAAACUGCUGGUGGACGGGGCUGAGAGCCCCACUGCCAACAUUUCCCUCGUAUCUGCUGGUGCUUCUCUGUGGAUUCACAAUGAAAACCAAGGGCUUGUACUUGUUGCCCCAGCCUUUGGUAUCGAUAAAUUGUACUUCGAUGGACAAACAUUCUCGAUUCAAGUUGCUUUAUGGAUGGCAGGGAAAACAUGUGGAAUCUGUGGAAAAUAUGAUGCAGAAUGUGAACAGGAGUAUCGGAUGCCCAAUGGAUUUCUAGCUAAAGAUGCUGUGAGCUUUGGUCAUUCUUGGAUCUUGGAAGAAGCGCCCUGUAAAGGAGCUUGUAAACUGCAUCGUUCAUUCGUGAAGCUUGAGAAGACGGUUCAGCUUGCGGGUGUUGAUUCCAAGUGCUACUCUACAGAGCCUGUGCUGCGCUGUAUGAAGGGAUGCUCUGCUACCAAGACAACUCCAGUCACUGUUGGUUUCCACUGCCUCCCAGCUGAUUCAGCUACGAGCCUGGCUGACAAACAGAUGAAGUUUGACCAGAAGUCAGAGGACAUGCAGGAUACUGUUGAUGCACACACAGCAUGUUCAUGUGAGAAUGAAGAAUGCAGUACAUGAAGCUGUACAUUGCAGCACUGGAGAAUACAGAAACAUUUUAGUUUUUAUUGUGUGGUGUAAGAAGACUCAUGUCAAGAAGCAAUGGAAACAUUAAAUUAAAUGCUUAAAGAUGUGUGGAAUUUUCCCAAGUAAUUUAAAGUAUUAAACUUUAUUAUUGUAGAAACUAUUCUAAUUGCCUAUAACUAUCUGAUUUCAUAAUAAAUACAUGCAUGGAAAAACCAGUGAAGGCUUCCUUCUUUCACUGACUGUGGCAAGAGGAUGUCUGCAAUGCUUCUCUUCACCCCAGCCAAGGCUGUGGCAGCCUGCUGUGUAGAUGUACAUCAGGCAAGGGUCUGUGGCAGGCCCCACCUGCAGUAUGGGUUGAGUGGAGUGGCAGGAGCUGCCUACCAGGAGGCUCCAGCUUGUUUCCCCUGUGCUUCCUUCCAUGGUGCUGAGAUCCUGGGCACCACAGUAGGAAUUGCUUGGCUCUGGAUGAGACAGCGCCCUCUGCAGCAGCAAUGCAAAGAGGUGUUUUGCAGCGACAGUGUGAUGGGCCUGCGCUGUCGUAGGAAGCAGCUUUCAGGGAAUGAACCUGAAUCUAAAGCAUAUGGAGAAGGCUGCUCUUAGAGAGGAAAUGUGACAUUCCUGACACACAGCACACAGAAGCUGGUGUGAGUCAAGAGUCUCUGAGCAGACCUGGGGUGCAAAGCCCACCCACAGCAGGUCUCUCUGGGCAUGGUGAGGGAUGUACUCGGCUGCCCUGAGAGCUGGAGGCGAUAGGGUUCCAGAUGUGUGCUCCUGGUUGGUCUUUCUGUCUGCUCUGGGCUGGACUGGCAGGCUGCAUGCCUGUAGUUUUUUGGUAAAUUAAUUAAAAGAGAAAUAAGUGAUUUGAUUCUUAAAAUCAGGAGCAACCAAUGAAGGCAAAACUGCACUUCCCUCUAACCACAUGGAAUGGAAAGGUGGUUGCUGGGCAAAGGGAUUGAGAAAGCUCUAUACAAGUUGUGUCAUUCUGCUUUCUCCAGCAUCAUGGGCACUUCAGUGUUUGUACGUAUGUGGCUUUUAUAGUUUGGAAAGGUAACUUCCUCGAUACCAAAGGGAAGCUGUUGGAAAGUCAACAUGAAGGGCAGACACCCGGGCAGUGGUGAAAAGGUCUUGAGGGGUUCUCAACCCAGGCAUCAGGGCUUGUGGGCGCUAGGAACCCGAGGGAAGCACAGCCCUGCCCAGAGGCAUCCAGCACAUCAGAGGCUUCUCAUGAAGGUGGGCAGCUGGCUCCUUUCCUCCUUUCCUUUCCUGCCCUGUGCUGUAGGCACUGUUUAGAGCUCCACGGAAAUGCUGUUCAUGGCUGCUCCUGGGCACAGCAGAGUUGAUUGUUACCUCACAAUGGUGAUUUUUUUUUUUCUUAUUUCCCCUCCCCCCAAACUUGUUUUUUUUUUUUAAUUCUGGCUAUAUCCUCUGGAGAAAUGUAAAUGGUGAAGAGGUGUGAGUAUAUGGGGAUGAGAGGGGCCAUAACAAGAGUUUAAAUUGUUCUUGACAGGCUGGAGAAAUGGCCCACAGAGAUUAAAAGAUUCAGUUCCACACAGAAAAACACGAAGAUAAAAU